AUGGGGCAAGGAAAGGUCCUCCCUCCGCCUCUUCCGGACCGAGAGGACUAUGUCGUCGCAUUUGACGGCCCGGACGAUCCAGAACAUCCAUUCAAUUGGGCGCUCUUUGUCAAGCUAUACAUAUCCGUGACAGUGUGCUUUGGUACCCUCACCGCGUCGUUCGCCAGCGCAGUCUUUGCUCCAGGGGCUGACGGCGCAGCGAAGGCAUUUGGGGUGAGCUCGGAGGUGGGUAUGCUUGGUACAACACUCUACGUCUUGGGAUUUGCAUCAGGCCCGUUGGUAUGGGCACCUGCCUCGGAACUGAUUGGCCGACGAUGGCCCUUGACUGUGGGCAUUCUCGGGGUGGGCGUGUUCAGCAUCGCCUCGGCGGUGGGAAAGGAUAUCCAGACGGUUAUUAUCUGUCGCUUCUUUGCGGGGAUGUUUGGAGCCAGCCAGCUCUCCGUGGUUCCUGCCGUCCUCUCGGAUAUCUACAACCACAUGCAUCGGGGUGCUGCUAUUGCUGUCUACUCGCUUACUGUCUUCGUGGGUCCAUUCAGCGCCCCGUUUGUCGGAGGCUUUCUAGCUUCCAGCUCCCUUGGCUGGCGAUGGACCCUGUAUAUCCCGGCGUUCAUGGGUUUUGCAUGCGGUGCGAUAUUUGUGCUUUUCUUGAAGGAGACAUAUGCUCCGUGUCUGCUCAUUUCCAAGGCGGCAGCCCUCCGACGACAGACCUCCAACUGGGGCAUCCACGCCAGACAGGAAGAGGUCGAAGUGGACCUGCAAGAGCUGAUCCAGAAGAACUUUACCCGUCCGCUGCGGAUGCUGAUCACCGAGCCUAUCAUUUUGGUAAUUUCGGUCUAUAUGUCCUUUAUCUACGGACUGGUGUAUGCCCUGCUGGAAGCCUACCCGUAUGUGUUUGAGACUGUCUACGGCAUGAGCCCGGGAGUUGGCGGCCUCACCUUCAUCGGUUUGAUCAUUGGCCAGGUGCUGGCAUGUGGAUUCAUCCUCUCGCAGCAUUCGGUGUAUGUGAAGAAACUAGUGGAUAACGAGAACAUCCCCAUCCCGGAAUGGCGUCUGGCGCCUGCGAUGGUUGGGGCGCCCGUGUUUACGGCCGGCAUCUUUUGGUUUAGCUGGACCGGAUUCACGGCCACGAUCCACUGGCUCGCGCCGACUGCUGCAGGAGUUCUGAUCGGGUUUGGCAUUUUGUGUAUUUUUCUGCCAUGCUUCAACUACCUGGUUGACUCGUUUUUGCCCCUGGCGGCAUCAACCGUCGCCGCAAACAUCAUCCUGCGAUCGAGUGUGGCGGCCGGAUUCCCGCUGUUUGCAAAGCAAAUGUUUACCAACCUGGGGGUGCAGUGGGCGGGGACGUUGCUGGGAUGCUUAGCUGCGGUGAUGAUCCCCAUUCCUUUGUUGUUCCGGAUGUAUGGCCCGCGGUUGCGAGGGCAACGCGGAACCCUAAAGCAGAGCUGCCUCUGGGGCUACGACUGUCACUAUUCCCGCCCCGUGAGGCCCCGACCGUCCACCCCCGACCGAUCCCAAUCCAACCCGAUCAUCAUCCCCGACAACAGUCCCAGCGACCAUGGACGAGGGGGGCGCGGGAGCCACCGCACGGAAGCCCUCGAGGCCAAUUCCGCCGCUGCCUUUGUGCGAAAAAUCGCCCUCAAGAUCGACCCGUACAAUGCGCCGAAGAUGAACCUGUUCGGGUGGAAUGUCGGGAAACGCAAAUCCCCUGUUCGAGAAACCUUCCGCCAGACUCUUGACGAGGUUAUCUCGGCGACAACACUGCAGACCCUGGGACGUCGCUACUUCGAGAAGAUUCAUCCCUGUUAUGGCUUUAUCGAUGCCGCGCAGUUCUAUCGUCGUCUGGAUGCUCGCUGGCAACCGACCGCGACGGAGAAUACGUAUGACGGGGUGCUGGCGGGCGUCGCCGCCCUGGGAGCCCUCUUCUCGGGGACCGCCGUGGAUGGAGUCGAAAGCAGUCUGGCGGAAUUGGUUCGCCGCAUCUCCGACACUCACCUGGGCACCGCUGCUCCGUCCUUGGAUCUACUCACGGUUUGGACGCUCCGGGUGGUGUAUCUGCGCAUGACGGCCGCGCCCUACCCGGCCUGGGCCGCCAGCUCGACCUUGAUGCAUUUGAUCGAAGCCUCCAAGCUGCACCAGGUCUGGUCGAAUGAUGAACCCGACUUGGAUAUCCGCCGACGGCUGAUCGGCGUGGCGGAACACCUGAACAUAUGGAUCUCCUACGAUCUCGGGCUGUCGAGGGUUCCAUUGAACCAUGAUGCCAUCGGACUGCCGACGCCCACACCCGGUGAUGCCACGGUCGAACUUCUCGGUCUGUUGCCCGUGACCGAGAGUCUCGGGCCGGAGAAUCAACGCCACGACCAGGAAAUCGAACAUUUCUUACUCGAGACGUUGGAUCGCACUCAUACUCUCCCGCCAUCUCUGCUCGCCCAGUGCAAUCUGACGCUCUGUCUCCUCCGACGCCUGCGAUUGACCAACCUCACCACCACGCCCACCACGAUGAAUCGAGUCAUGGACCUCCUCCGACGGAGUCUGUCUGCCGUACGUCAACUGGUGACGGAGGAGUCUCCAUGGCAGCAUGUGGCCAACGUCCCGUUCCAGAUGAUCAGUAUCCUGCUCGAAAUGGAUACCAGUGCUUCCUUGGCGGUCUUGCCCGACGCCAUGCAGACGCUGAAACUCGUCGCCACGACCUACAACACCGAGCGGAUGCGCGAGGCAUUUACGACCGCGUACCUUCUCAUCACCUUGUACGAAGCACGGAGAAAAGAAGACAGCCGACUGUUGAAUGGAAUCGUCAGGUCCUUCACGGUACCAGACCCGGAGCCACCAUCCGGCCUCGACGAGGUGACCUGGAUCAAGGGAGUGGUGGCCGAUGUGCCCACCUUACAGGGUUUCGACCUAGAACAAUACUUUGACCCAGACAUGGUGCGGUUCUCUCCUGAUUUCCAGACCCCGGAACCGAUGCAAUCGCUGCAACCGAUGGAGCCGGUGGAUCUGAUUACACCCCCGAGGAGUUAUAUACCACGGACGCCGGAUGCGAGUCAAUGA